CGUAUGCAAAGGAGAGAGAGCGGUUUUUAUAUUAUUUACAAAUUAGAAUCGACAAUGAUAUCUAUCAAUCUAUCUCUAUAUAGAACUGUCACACGGCCGACCUUUUUCAAGGUCUCUCUAUUUCUUGCUUGCUUGCUUCUUCUCUUUUCAGAAUCGGUUGCAGGCCCAUCAUGGCUAGAGCUUUAGUUCAGUCAACAAACAUUCCAUCUUCAGUUGCCGGUGAAAGGGCUGGACAAUUCAAUGGCUCCCGGAAAAAUCAAAUAACUGUUAGAAUGCUAUGUAAUGUAAAAUUAUAUUCCUCAAGGCUGAACAGUUUUACAGGACUGCGAGGGUGCAAUGCAUUAGAUACACUACUUGUAAAAUCUGGACAAACUCUCCAUUCAAAAGUGGCAGCUGCAACUUCUGUCAGACGACCACGAGGGUGCCGAUUUGUCCCAAAAGCAAUGUUUGAGCGCUUCACCGAGAAAGCAAUAAAAGUCAUUAUGCUUGCACAAGAAGAGGCCAGACGAUUAGGUCACAACUUUGUUGGCACAGAGCAAAUCUUGCUGGGUCUUAUUGGUGAGGGAACUGGUAUUGCUGCUAAGGUUCUUAAAUCCAUGGGAAUUAAUUUGAAAGAUGCUCGUGUGGAGGUAGAGAAAAUAAUUGGAAGGGGUAGUGGGUUUGUGGCCGUUGAGAUUCCAUUUACUCCUCGUGCGAAGCGUGUUCUAGAACUUUCUCUGGAGGAAGCCCGCCAACUUGGGCAUAAUUACAUUGGCUCAGAACACUUGCUACUUGGAUUGCUGCGAGAAGGUGAAGGUGUGGCUGCCCGUGUUCUUGAAAACUUGGGUGCUGACCCCAGUAACAUUCGCACACAGGUCAUACGAAUGGUUGGUGAGAGUAAUGAAGCUGUUGGUGCUAGUGUUGGAGGUGGAACUUCUGGCCAAAAGAUGCCUACAUUGGAGGAGUACGGUACCAAUUUGACAAAGUUAGCUGAAGAGGGGAAACUAGAUCCUGUAGUUGGAAGACAGGCUCAAAUUGAGCGUGUCACUCAAAUCUUGGGUCGCCGUACAAAAAACAACCCUUGUCUUAUUGGAGAACCAGGUGUUGGAAAAACUGCUAUUGCCGAAGGGCUAGCUCAAAGAAUUGCUAAUGGUGAUGUCCCUGAAACAAUAGAGGGAAAGAAGGUCAUAACACUUGAUAUGGGAUUGCUUGUUGCUGGGACAAAAUAUCGUGGAGAGUUUGAGGAAAGACUGAAGAAACUAAUGGAGGAAAUUAAACAAAGUGAUGAAAUAAUACUGUUUAUUGAUGAAGUGCACACAUUGAUUGGAGCUGGAGCUGCAGAGGGAGCAAUUGAUGCUGCAAACAUCUUGAAACCUGCCCUGGCUAGAGGCGAGCUGCAGUGUAUUGGAGCCACAACCCUGGAUGAGUACAGAAAGCACAUUGAGAAAGACCCUGCACUGGAGAGGAGGUUCCAGCCAGUUAAGGUCCCUGAACCUUCUGUGGAUGAAACCAUACAGAUCCUAAAAGGGCUUCGGGAGAGGUAUGAGAUUCAUCACAAGCUCCGUUACACCGAUGAGGCAUUAGACGCUGCUGCCAAGCUUUCUCACCAGUACAUCAGUGACCGCUUUCUGCCUGAUAAAGCAAUUGACUUGAUUGAUGAAGCUGGUUCCCGUGUUCGACUUCGCCAUGCACAGCUCCCUGAGGAAGCAAGAGAACUAGAGAAAGAGCUUCGCCAGAUUACAAAGGAGAAAAAUGAAGCUGUCCGCGGUCAAGAUUUUGAAAAGGCUGGGGAGUUGCGUGAUAGAGAAAUGGAUCUCAAGGCACAGAUCACGGCCUUGAUAGACAAAAACAAAGAGAUGAGCAAGGCUGAAUCUGAGGCAGGAGAUGCAGCAGGUCCCUUGGUAACAGAGGCAGAUAUUCAGCACAUUGUCUCUUCCUGGACUGGCAUUCCUGUAGAGAAGGUCUCAACUGAUGAAUCUGACCGCCUCCUAAAAAUGGAAGAAACUCUUCAUACCCGAGUCAUUGGCCAGGAUGAAGCUGUAAAAGCCAUUAGUCGUGCUAUCAGACGUGCUCGUGUUGGACUCAAGAAUCCCAACCGACCUAUUGCCAGUUUCAUCUUUUCUGGUCCAACUGGUGUUGGGAAGUCCGAACUGGCCAAGUCUUUAGCAACGUACUACUUUGGUUCUGAAGAAGCAAUGAUUCGGCUUGAUAUGAGCGAGUUUAUGGAGAGACACACCGUCUCUAAACUCAUUGGUUCACCCCCUGGGUAUGUUGGUUACACUGAAGGUGGUCAAUUAACUGAAGCUGUGAGGCGUCGACCUUACACUGUUGUGCUCUUUGAUGAGAUUGAGAAGGCUCAUCCUGAUGUCUUUAACAUGAUGCUUCAAAUUCUUGAAGAUGGAAGAUUGACAGACAGCAAGGGCAGAACUGUCGACUUCAAGAAUACACUCCUCAUCAUGACAUCGAAUGUUGGAAGCAGUGUGAUAGAGAAAGGAGGCCGUCGCAUAGGUUUUGAUCUAGAUUUUGACGAGAAGGAUAGUAGUUACAACCGUAUCAAGAGCUUGGUGACUGAGGAGUUGAAACAGUACUUCAGGCCAGAGUUCUUAAACAGAUUAGAUGAGAUGAUUGUAUUCCGUCAGCUCACUAAGUUGGAGGUGAAGGAGAUUGCUGAUAUCAUGCUUAAGGAGGUCUUUGUCAGGUUGAAGAAUAAGGAGAUAGAACUUCAAGUGACUGAGAGGUUUAGAGACAGGGUGGUUGAGGAAGGAUACAACCCAAGCUAUGGAGCUAGGCCAUUGAGGAGAGCUAUUAUGAGACUGCUGGAGGAUAGCAUGGCUGAGAAGAUGCUUGCAGGUGAGAUCAAAGAAGGUGAUUCAGUAAUUGUGGACGUGGAUUCAGAUGGCAAUGUCAACGUCCUCAAUGGCAGUAGCGGUGCUCCCUCAGAUUCAGCUCCUGAGCCUAUCCCUGUGUAGAUCAAUUCUUCAUUUAGCUCUGCAAAUUGGUUGUUUGUAAUGUUUGCUUUCAGUUGUCUUGGCUACUAUGCUCUCCUGCGCUUAUGAAGCAACUUGUGAGUAAUUUUUUGGGGCGACAGGGUGAUGAUAUUCUGCCAAGUUGAGAAGGCAGCAUCCUUCCCAAGCAGAGCGUCCAGGAUUACACACUAUAUACUCAACUGGGUUUCAUUAAAAUUGUAGUGACAGAGAGACUAUGUAGAAGCAUUUCUUCUAAUUUAUGGAAGGUGAUAAGACUUUUGUCAUCA